AUGUGUCUUCCUACUGAUGAAGGCGGCCUUGGGCUGCGAUCUUUAGUUAAGCUUAAUGAAGCUUCGAAUCUUAAGCUGGCUUGGGAUCUUCUUUCUUCUUCGGACUCCUGGGCCAUCCUUAUGAGGCAGAGAGUUAUGAGAAAACACAAGAUCAUUAAUCAUUAUAUCUUCUCUUCCAUUUGGUCUAGCGUCAAAUCGGAGAUGCCCUCUGUUCUUGCAAACUCUUCUUGGUGCCUGGGCAACGGUAAGGAUAUUAGCUCAUGGUAUGAUAAUUGGUGUGGUGCGCCGCUGUUUAGUAGCUUCACUGACCUGACAUCGAUUAAGGAUCAAAAUGUAAGCAGUAUCAUUGUCAAUGGCAAUUGGGACUUUUCUAAAGCUGACACCAUCAUUCCUCCUUAUAUGCAAGUGCAAAUUUCUAAAUGUCACAUUCCUAUAGAGCCCUUGCAGGAUAGGCGUGUUUGGUCUCACUCUCAGUUUGGUGAUUUAUCUACAAAGCUUGUGUAUGAGUUUAAGCGGCUUAACGGUAAUCGGAAAGAGUGGUGGCGGUGGAUUUGGGCCAAAUCUAUACCUCCGUCAAGAUCUUGUUUGGUUUGGAGAAUUUUGCAUCGGAAGGUGCCAACGGAUGAGCAAUGGAGACGUCGGAAUUUCUCUAUGGCUUCCAAAUGUGGCCUGUGUUGUGCAGCAGAAGAAACCGAUCAACACCUUUUUUUCGAUUGUGAUUAUGCCUCUUAUCUUUGGAAAUGGCUGCAAAACAUUCUUAAUCUUCCCUUUCCUAUCUCCGGAUGGCCCGACAUUUGGAGCAUUUGUAAAAGGCCUUUUCUGCCCAAUGCAAAAUGA